GCGAACGGACGUGUCUUUACGCGCGAAAAUCCCAAAAAACACGUGCAAAAAACAAACAAAAAUUCGAGUUCGAAAUUUAUUUCAGUGUCAUGUGAUCGCGUGUUCGAAGUUCGAAAUUUACGGUGGCAUAGUGUUGUGAUCCGUCAAAUGUCGAUGUUUCGACUCGAGCAGUAAUGGAUGGGGAGAAUCGAAUAAUUUUGAACGUUGGCGGCAUAAGAUACGAAACUUACAAGGCAACUUUGAAAAAGAUCCCCGCGACGCGCUUGUCUAGGCUCACGGAAGCCCUAGCAAACUACGACCCCGUGUUGAAUGAGUACUUCUUUGACAGGCAUCCGGGGGUCUUUGCACAGGUCCUCAACUAUUACAGGACAGGAAAACUCCACUACCCUACAAAUGUGUGCGGGCCGCUGUUCGAGGAGGAGCUGGAGUUCUGGGGGCUGGACUCCAACCAGGUGGAGCCUUGCUGCUGGUCCACCUACAGCAUACACAGGGAUACGCAGAAUACCCUGGCAAUUUUGGACAAGUUGGACAUCGACAGCGAGAAACCCUCGGAGGAAGAAAUUGCGAGGCUCUUCGGCUAUGAAGAGGCUUACCUUAACGGUGAAGUGGGCGUGUGGCAGAGAGUCAAGCCCAAGGUCUGGGCGCUGUUUGACGAACCCUCAAGCUCUCCACCUGCAAAGGUGAUAUCAUGCAUAUCUGUGUUCUUCAUCUGCGUGUCGGUGCUAUGCUUCUGUCUGAAGACGCAUCCUGACCUGCGGGUCCUGGAGCCUGUACCCCUGGACAGCUACGAUGAGAACAGCACAGCAGUAGCCAGGUCCUGGAUAGACAAUGGACAGCCUCACGUGGCCUUCUUCUAUAUAGAACUCCUCUGUAAUGUGUGGUUCACGAUCGAGCUGCUAGUGAGAUCUGUGGUAGCACCAAACAUCAUAGAAUUUGUAAAGUCCCCAGUGAACAUAAUAGAUUUCAUAGCUACAUUAAGUUUUUACAUGGACGUCGUGGUAGAACUGGCUGUGCUGAAAAGAAACGUGGACAGAGCAGAUAUACUAGAAUUCAUCUCAAUAAUCAAGAUAUUAAGGCUGUUUAAACUAACCAGGCAUAGUCCAGGACUGAAGAUUCUUGUACAUACAUUUAAGGCGUCAGCGAAGGAAUUGACACUGUUGGUGUUUUUUCUUGUACUGGGCAUUGUGAUAUUUGCCAGUUUGGUUUACUACGCCGAGAAGUCACAGGAUAACCCAGACAACCAGUUCAAGUCGAUACCAUUAGGGUUAUGGUGGGCCAUCGUCACCAUGACAACGGUGGGCUAUGGCGACAUGGCGCCUAAGACCUACUUGGGCAUGUUCGUGGGCGCUCUGUGCGCGCUGGCCGGAGUGCUCACGAUAGCGCUGCCAGUGCCCGUCAUCGUGUCCAACUUCUCCAUGUUCUACUCGCACACACAGGCGCGGUCAAAACUACCCAAGAAGCGACGACGCGUCCUCCCGGUGGAGCAACCCCGUAGAAAACGUGACGGUGUUACCGCCUCCAACCGCCGCGUCAACGCUGUCAAACACCCCGUGGUUCUGAAGGAGCUACCUGUGACCAAUAAACUAGGUGUGAAUGGCAUGAACAUGAUCAGCUUAGCCCUGCAAGGUCCAUCGAACCUCCUGCGUCCUCCAGCCGCCGCCGCCCCGUUACAAGCACGAGCCCCCAUAGUCGAGAGUCCAAUAAUCAACACACAAUGUGGCGCCAUAUCCCUGGCGUCUCUGCAACCACCUUUGAUGACCGCCCCGCCCCUGCAACCAAGGCCUGCAACCACUGGCUCCCUUGACCUGAUGUUACCCUUGCAACCAAAACUGUUACCCGGCUACAAUCUACAGUCAUCGUUUCUCUCCAGCACCCUAUCUACUGUACGACCACCUGAUUUACCAAAAAACGCAAGAAACGACUUCUUCAAACCGAGUGUUGAAGUCAUAGUCGAAAAACGAGAAUCCUUAACCGAUUCAGUCAAAGAAACUAGUAAUUGUAACAUUAAUAUAAUAAGCUGUGAAAAUUUAGAUAGGGAUUUCAAUGUAAAUAAUUUAGAACAAAAUGAAAUGAUCAACGUGAAUGAAUUAGUUUUAGAAAUUAAUGAAAAUCAUAAUAAUAUUAUUAUUGUAAAUGAAAUUGUUAAUGAAGAAAAUAAAAAUGUAAUUAAUUCUAAUGUUGUAGAAGUUAAUACGGUCGAUACAAGUCUCAAUUGCAGUUCGAAUGAGAACAGUCCUAAUAAUAAUUCUUAUUGAUAAGUAUUGUUAAUUAUUGUAAAUAAUUAUAAUGAUGAAUGUUAUACUAAAAAUCUAGCUGGGACACCUUAAAACUUAAAAUUAAAUGUUAAGAGAUAUUAAAAUUGAAAUUUGAAUGAUUCUUAAAAUUUCGUCAAAACUAAAACUUCUCGUAUUAAAGUAAGUGUACAUAUUUGAAAUUUAAAUUUUCUUAAAUUAGAGUCGAAAACGUGAAAGGGAAGUUCGCGGGACCGUAAACUUUUGAAGAAUGAUAUUUUUUAAGUACGUA